AUCGUUAUCGAAGUUGAGUUUGGACGAUCCGAAUCGCAACUCAAAAGCUACCACAGAAUGACAGACAGGAAGAGUUCAGAAGACUUGAAUUAGGGUUUCUGAUUUCUCAUUUCUUCAAGAAGAUCAUGGGGGAACACAAAAAGGAAGAUAUGUGCAUUAACGACAGAUUGAGGGACGAUGAGCUCCGAACAGUCUUGGGUAAACUAGAAACCGACAAAGAUAAGGAAGUUUUCGGUCUUGUUUGCAAGAGAUGGCUUUAUAUCCAGAGUACAGAGAGGAAGAAGCUCUGUGCUCGUGCUGGUCCUCAUAUGCUUCGAAAGAUGGCUGCUCGUUUCACUCGUCUUAAGGAUCUCGAUCUUUCUCAGUCCGCAUCACGUUCUUUUUAUCCCGGAGUCACUGAUUCAGAUCUAUCCGUCAUCGCCACUGGCUUUACCGCCUUACAUCAACUCAAGCUUCAAAAUUGCAAAGGUAUCACGGAUGCUGGAAUGGCAGCGAUUGCAACUGGGCUCUCUUCUCUACAAUUGUUAGAUGUUUCGUACUGUAGGAAGUUAACUGAUAAGGGAUUAUCAGCUAUUACAGAGGGUUGCCAUGACCUAAAAAGCGUACACCUUGCUGGUUGCCGCUUUGUCACUGACGUGCUACUAAAAUCUCUCUCUAAAAACUGUCAUAAUUUAGAAGAGUUGGGUUUGCAAGGCUGCAUCGACAUCACAGACACUGGCCUCUCCGCUCUGGUUGACGGAUGUAAACACAUAAAACAUUUGGAUGUAAAUAAGUGUACCAAUGUUGGAGAUUCCGGAAUCUCCGUUAUUGCAGAAGCUUGUUCAACUUCCCUGAGGACAUUAAAGCUGCUAGAUUGCUAUAAACUUGGCGAUAAAUCUUUAUUCACAUUGGCUAACGUCUGCAAAAAUCUGGAAACUCUCAUAAUCGGAGGCUGUCGGGACAUAUCCAGCGAUUCAAUAAGAUCACUGGCGGCUGCUUCUCAAAGCCUCAAGGUCUUACGAAUGGAUUGGUGUUUAAACGUUUCAGACGCCUCAUUAAACUGCAUCCUUUCGCAAUGCACGUUUCUCGAGGUUCUCGACAUUGGGUGCUGUGAGGAGGUGACGGAUGGCGCAUUUGAAGGAUUGGGGAACGCAGGAUUCGGGCUGGGUUUGAAGGUUUUGAAAGUGAGUAACUGUCCAAAGAUCACGGUGUUGGGAAUAGGCAUGGUUUUGGAAGCGUGCAGGUCGCUGGAAUAUCUGGACGUGCGGUCAUGCCCACAUGUUACGAAAGCCGGUUGUGAGGAUGCCGGAUUGAGGUUUCCUGAAUCUUGUAAGGUGAAUUAUACUGGGAGUUUAAGGGAGCCUGAUGUGUUAAUUUAAUUAAGGUUGCUUAAAUGCAGCUAAUGGAAGAUUAUAUGGUUUUUAAAUGGGAUAAUAUUUUUAUUUGCUGUGUGCA